UAACUGAUGGAGUGAAAUGAAACAGAGGAUCUUGUGAUGUGGAGAGAUGCAUCAAGGUCGACGCUUGUGUUCGGCUUCGGAACAUUUCUCAUUAUCUCUUCUUCAUACGCCAAUGAUCUCAACUUCAGUUUCAUAUCAGUGGUAGCUUAUAUGGGACUUAUCUAUCUGGGCGUCAUGUUCGUAUUCAGUGCGGUGAUCCGCAGGGGAAUAAUGGAGGUGGAAGAGGAGAGGCAUAUAGGUGUUGUUUGUAUGUGGAGCUUCAUGGAUCAAGUUAGACGAGGAAGCAUCAUCAAAGCAAAGGAGUGCAUUCGAUAAGUCAAUGUUUAAAAAGUCAAUGUUUAAUUUUUUUUUUUAAACUCCUAAAUAAAGAUACUUGCAUUGAAGGACAUUAAUUAGAAAGUGCUUAAAAAAAUUGCUAAACACCUA